GCUCACGCAUCCUUUACGUCAGUAAAUCACAGUCUGAGGAAACAUGGUGAGCAAGGAGGGCGGCAAAUGCAUGCUCACCAACUCAGAGUCUGACUCGGAGGCAGCACCCGUGCCCUCCACCUCGCUGGCGGUGAAGUAUUCCCUGGAAGCCAGUCGACAGGUGAGGAAGAGGAACAAGGCCCUGCAAGUGCGUUUCAAGGAUAUCUGCGAGGCACAGAACGAGCAAAGGGAGGCGGAGUUGCAGGCGGCAGGGAAAGGCGGCAAGCCCAUCUCCUACAAAGUGGCGUACCGCAAGUACAUGACCGUCCCCGCCCGCCGGUCCAUCCCAAACGUCACCAGGAGCACAGGCGUGCAGACGUCGCCCGAUCUGAAGAAACGCUAUCAGACCUUUCCCUUCGAGCGCAAAAAAGGCCACACCUUUAAGCACGUGGCGGCCGUGGAAACCUAUAGAGGUCAGAAUAACGGUUUUGUCAUGGAGGUGAAGCAGUCCAAGGCUGCUGAGCAGGCUUUAGAUGAGGAGGAGGGAGCCUGCGGGGGGAGUGGAGUCCGGAGGACCAGGGCUCUGCUCCAUACUAAUGAGUGCAGUGCCACAGUGGAGCAGCACACUGCACCUGAUGGCCUGUGCUCUGACGCUCUGCAGCUCAGUUGCUCUGCAGACACACAGAGAGGAAGCGGAGCCGGAGCACAGGCCGAGCACCAGCUCUGCAGUGUCCCAUCCAAAGCGAGGACAGGAUUACAACACAGGGAGGCCGACAGCGACCGCUCGGCCAAGAGGCAGCUGCUUAACCUGGAGGAGGGCUCGUCCCGGACCCUGCCGGACAGGGCCUCCAAGGUUACGGGCCCCAUCGCAUGGAACUCUCUCACGCAGGUGGAGUGCCUGGACAGUCCGUCCGUGCGGAGCAAGCGGAAGAAAGCCCUGCAGCUCAACGGGGUGAAGAGUGAGACGCUACCGCGUUCCAGCGGAGGCUGUACAACACAGGCACAGUGCCACACGGGACAGCUGUCUGCCCGGCCUCUACGGGGCAUGGAUGAGCCUCUGACACCCUGUAGAGGUGGCGAGGCUCGCGGGGCAGCGCCCGACCAAACACAGGAGGCCUGCAAGCAAAUAGUGCCUAUGAAUCAGGACGGGGAAGUUAAAGCACAGCUCCAGGCCAUGGAAAAUCUCAUCAGCUCCAGCCAAGAGACCAUCAAGGUGCUGCUGGGGGUCAUCCAGGAACUGGAGAAGGGGGAGGCCCACAGAGAAGGUGCGAUUACGGCACAGUACCGUUGCUACUCAGCGAGAAAUCAAGCAUGUGAAAGGAAACUCACCUAUCGAACAGGACAGGACACGGCCAACUGUGACACGUGCCGGAACAGCGCAUGCAUUAUUUACAGUGUGGAGCUGGACUUCAAGCAGCAGGAGGACAAGCUGCAGCCGCUGAUGAUGAGGCUUUGCCCUACGCCGGACGGCCACUUCGCCUCCCUGCCUUACCCCCAGGAGGCCUUCACCUCCACCCCGAAACGCAAGUCCAAAGCCGACUCCAAGAAGCACGCUCGCUGGAAACUUUGGUUCCUGUGAGAACACAGACGCGCCUCCUCGCCCACUCCCGAUGCACGGGAUUUACACGGCCGCCUGGUCGUCCCGAGCUCUUUUUCGUUCAUCCAUCCUCUUCUGUUGCGUCGCAUCUCGUUGGCAUUUUGCAGACCCGGUAACUAAUGGAGAGCGCCGCCUCUGGAUACUGAGAGUGCCCCGUCAGAGAUGACAGGAUGCGUUAUGGGACACGAGUGCGGAUUCCAUGGAAAAUUCUAAAUGUCAUGCUGACCACAAAUGGACUUAAGAGUUAUUUUUGAACUAAUUUCUUCAAACAGGGUGUGAAAUUGCACGAUUGCAAGAUAUUUGGAGAUCAGCAAGGUGAAAAGACAAAUUUGAUUUCCCUCUGUCUAUUUGCAUAUAUUUUUCUAGCGGACGUCUACGGGGUCCUAUUGUAUGAUAAUGGUCGGGUAACAUUUCUAUUCGCCUGUUGGGACUGUCUUUCUUUCCAGCCUCCAGGAGAGGCUCUGAGGUCUACAUCAACAGCAUAUCACCGUACUGCAAAGCACAAUUUACACUGUUCAGGAUACAUUUUCUCCAGAGUAAUUUAAAAAAAACUAUUUUGAGUAUAAACUCACAUAUGUAGAUCACCUACUAACUAUGACGGAUUGAAGACUUUCGUAAUCUCUAAAGAAGACCGAACAGAUAAAGAAGUCAGAGAUGCUUAUUGGAGUAUGAUCAACUUUCUACCCAUCUCUAAAAUGUCUCCUUGAAUCAACUGACUUUGAAGUAAAGAAUGAAUAAAUAACACAUAUUUUCUUAAUCACAUUUGCAAAGUAAGACGUCGAUGUACUUUUUUAAAAUAUAAAUAUAUAUCUAUAUAGAUUCACCUUAAGGUUUAGUGGCAAAUAUUUAUUAAAAGCUGCAGUAAAAGGGGCUGUGCAUUACAAAAACAUACAUCAAACUACUAACCUCAAAGUGCAUAUAGUCAUUGAAACCCAGUAAAUGAGUCCAAACAAACGUCAUCAGAAUAAAACUGUUCAGCUCAGAAGACAAAAUCAAGUUUGAGAAAUCCUUUGUUGUUUCAGUCAUGAAACCCACGUCCAACACAUCCUGUUGGUUUCUGAGCACAUGUGAGUGGUGACAGAAGAUAGCUGUGAUUGUAUUGCUGCAGCGUCCGGCUUAAGCGACUCCCGAAACCAAGCCAGAGAGACUGAAUGAGCCACUUCUGAACACAACCAGGGCUUCUACAGUGCAGGGUGGCAGGCGUGUAGCCUCGCAUGCCGUUUACAACCCUCAGAUUUUGCAGGAGAUUUUCUAGCUUUUGAAGUAACGAUUUUGAAAGAAAAUGACAAAAUAUUUUUUUUGGGUCCCCGCCCCCACACACUUGUUUUUAUGUACUAGAUCCUGCUCAUCGCUUCCCAUCUAUUUGAUUGUACAGUAAAAAAAAAACCUCUUGUUGUAGCUCUACAUAGGGUUCAGAGUCUAUGUACAGGGGAAAUAAUAUUUGCGUUUACUCGAUAUUAGCAUAUGUUGUAUAGCAUCAAAUAGGGCUAUUACCAUAGCGACGAGUGGGGACGCAGCGGAAAAGAAAACAUUACAUUAACAGCGCUGCCGGAGCAAAGAGCUGAAGUCUCUCAAAGCCAAAAACACUGCCCCAAAAGAAAGGAAAUGCCCCAAAGUGGUCUCAAGGGCAUAAAAGAAGCAUCGACCGUCACAACAAUACCUUGCAAACUACUAGACGCCACUGGUUUGACCUCCACAAGCUCCACCAUGCUGCUUUGUGUCGGUUACAUGUGAUUCACACCUCCACUCCUGUACAUGCCGGGUAGAUUUCUUUCAGUAGUUACGCUGUAGCAUCAAAAGAGAACUAGAUGUUUAUCUGUAUCUUAAAGAAGUGCAAUUGAUUUAAUAUGUGCAAUACUGUGUUUUUAUACUGUUUCUAAAAAAAUAAUAAAG